UGGUUGUCAUCCUAAAACCGCAUUAAAGUAUACACAUCUUGACAAACGUCUUUGCUCCCACCUAGGAGCCGUCCGAAGCAUCAAACUGUUUGGAAAGGAACUAAUCUUUCCACAACAUCAGCUGGGAGGAUGCUCACAGUAACGUAACGAAGUCGCACUUCAUUAGUGUUUCAAAUUUCACUCCAGACGGGUUGUUUUGUGCCGGCGACAAAGUUUGUGGAAGUGCGCAACGUAAUUUCGAUGCGGGUUAUCGUUAUGUUUCGAGUGCUCAAGAACAUAAAUAAUGCUCGACCGAGUGACGCGGAAGAUUAGAGAUUGGUUUUUAUUGUUCACUUCAAUGCAGGUUAACUCUUUGGAAAAUAUGUAUAUUUGAAUGACAAUGGAAAUCAAGCGGUUUGCAGGAACAAAUUGAAAACAUUCGACCUACAAAAUGUUUAUGAAACAACUAAGCAUCGUCCAAAGAAAACUUCCAAUUUCUCGCAAGCAACUUGCCUUUCUUUCGGGAUUAACGGUGACAUGUCUCUUCAUGAUCGUUUCUGUGCUUCAAUUAGAACCAAAUGAAUUUCCAGACCGCUAUAGAACAGGAUAUAGAGAAGAACAUCAUCUUUCGAUCGAUCUGUCGGAUAGCGUGCGAGUUCUGUGUUGGGUCAUGACAACUCCGGAGAAUCACGAAAGCAAAGCUAUUCAUGUCAAGCAAACUUGGGGACGUCGAUGCAAUAAACUACUAUUAAUGAGUACAGUCCAGGAUGUUAAACUUGAAACAAUCGCACUUUCGGUGAACGAAGGGAGGCAAAGUUUAUGGAAUAAAACGAGAGCAGCGUUCCGAUAUGUUUAUGAACACCACCUGAAUGAUUAUGAUUGGUUUCUGAAGGCGGAUGAUGAUACAUAUGUCAUCGUAGAAAAUCUCAGAUACUUUCUUUAUGCGUACUCUCCUAAAUAUCCAAUCUACUUUGGAAGCAAAUUUCGUUAUCCACAAUACGUUAAACAGGGAUACUUUUCUGGUGGGGCUGGGUACGUUCUCAGCCAAGAAGCCUUGAAACGGUUUGUUGAACAGGGCUUACAUGAGUCUGUGCACUGCCCGACGACAUUUGAAACGGAGGACCUGGAAAUGGGUCGAUGCAUGGAAUAUGUCAAUGUCACGGCAGGUGAUUCUCGUGAUCUGUUCGGACGAAAACGUUUCCUGCCAUUAGAACCUGCAUUCCAUCUUACGUCCAACCCAUCCGAUGAUCCGGAUUUUUGGUACAAAUAUUAUUCGUUUUAUGAACCGUUCUACGGAAUCAAAUGUUGUUCAGAUAUGGCUAUAAGCUUCCAUUACAUACAUGGCCCUCAAAUGCACGUGAUCGACUACCUGAUCUACUCAAUACAUCCAUAUGGGUUAAACUAUCACAAUCCCUUUUUACCAGCAAAGAAAAGUUUGGAAGAGGCUAUGAUUGUGGCAGGACCAUAUCCGGCAGAGACUACCUCCGUUAGGACGACAUCUUCAACUGAAAGCUCCACCACGAAUGCUGGUGACGAUAACAAAGAGAAACUCAGCACCAUAAUGGAAAAUUUAUCCGAGAUUUUCUAUUCCCAAGAGAGUGCAUCGGAUUCGCUUGAUCAGAUUGGCACGAUUAGUAGUCUCAGCUCUAUAAAAAAUGAUGCGAGCCCGGAACCGAUAAAUGUAGACAGUAAUAAAAUAGAUGAUUUCAUAGAUAGAGUUAUAAACGAUAAAAAAUUUAUAGACAAGCUUAUUGCGAAAUUGCAGCAAAAACAAUCAUCGAGCUGACCAUAUUGAUAUCUAUUGUGUAUUUAAAUAAAGUUAACUCAUUUAAA